AUGGCUUCUUCUUCUGCUCAUUCUGCUCACGUUAAGAGAUUCCAUGGUGCAGAUGUCCGUAAAGGGUUUAUGAGUCAUUUACACAAUUACUUUGCAAGCAAAGGGAUCACCACGUUCAAAGAUCAAGAGAUCGAGAGAGGACAUACGAUCGGCCCUGAACUCGUGAAAGCCAUUAGAGAAUCCAGAGUCUCCAUCGUUUUGCUCUCAGAAAAUUAUGCUUCUUCGAGCUGGUGUUUAGAUGAAUUGGUUGAAAUCUUGAAAUGCAAACACGCUUCAGGGCAGAUCGUGAUGCCCAUUUUUUACGACGUUGAUCCGUCCCAUGUACGGAAACAAAAGGGAGAAUUCCGAAAGGCAUUUGAGAAAACUUGUGAAGGGAAAACAGAGAAAGAACAGCAGAGAUGGAUCAAAACUUUGGGAUAUGUAGCAACCAUAGCUGGAGAGCACUCUCGUAACUGGACUGAUGAAGCCGCCAUGGUCGAAAAACUUGUUACAAGUGUUUCCAACAUACUGAAUGUUACUCCGUCGAGGGAUUUUGAUGGUGUUGUGGGAAUGGAAGCUCACUUCAUAGAAUUGUACUCUUUGCUAUGCCUAGAGUGUGAUGAUGUUAAGAUGAUUGGAAUUUGGGGUCCUGCAGGAAUUGAUGAGCUAGAGAAACUAGAUGCUUUGGCUAGAGAACGUUCUUGGUUUGGUUUCGGAAGUCGAGUCAUUGUUACCACACAAGAUACAAAUAUUUUGAAGGCACAUGGGAUAAAUGACAUAUACCAUGUGGAUUUUCCAUCCAAGGAAGAAGCUGUAGAGAUCCUAUGUCUAUCUGCUUUCAAACAAAAUCACGUACGAGAUGGUUUCGAAGAGGUUGCAAGUAAAGUAGCUGAGCUUUGCGGUAAUCUUCCAUUAGGACUUUGUGUUGUGGGUUCAUCUUUACGUGGCGAGAGCAAGAACGAGUGGGAACUUCAGCUAUCUAAGAUCGAGUCUAGUCUUGAUAGAAAGAUUGAGGAUGUGCUAAGAGUGGGAUAUGACAAAUUUUCGAAGAAAGAUCAAUCUCUAUUUCUUCAUAUUGCAUGCAUCUUCAACGAUCAUUAUUUUGAUGAUGGUUUGACAACUAUGCUUGCUGACAGUAAUUUGGAUGUCGAAAAUGGACUCAAGACCCUAGCCGUCAAAUCUCUUGUGCAACUCCCUUACAGGGGCACUGGAUCUAUCAUAGGUAUAUUACUUAAUAUGUCCAAGAUGAGCAAGUUCUCUAUAAGUGGGAAAGCCUUUGAAGGAAUGCGCAAUCUCCGAUUUUUAAGAAUUUAUGGAGAAAGUGAUACAUUGAGAAUACUAGGGGACAUAGAAUACUUACCUCGUCUAAGGUUACUCCAAUGGAAAUUUUACCCGAGAGAACGUCUUCCUCCAACUUGUCAACCAGAAUGUCUAGUUGAGUUGCAUAUGCCAUACAGCAAACUCGAAAAGCUCUGGGAUGGAGUCCAGCCCCUCCCAAAUCUCAAGGAGAUGGAUUUGAGCUAUUCCUUCAAGCUGAAAGAAAUCCCAAAUCUUUCCGAGGCUACUAAUCUCGAGAAAUUGACACUUAUGUCUUGCACAAGUUUGGUGGAGCUUCCCUCCUCUAUCAGGGAUCUUCACAAACAGAAAGAACUUUGGAUGACUAGCUGCAAAAAUCUACGAGUUAUUCCCAAAAACAUCAACUUAGCAUCUCUUGAGAGAGUCGAAAUGAAUGGUUGCUCGCAAUUGAGAACUUUUCCAGAUUUUUCUAGCAACACCAAGUAUCUUGAUGUAAGAGAUACAAAGAUAAAUGAUGUUCCUGCAUCCGUUGUUGGACGUCGGUCUUGUCUUGACGAGCUUUUCUUAGGCAACAGAAGCUUGACGAGAUUAACACAUGUCCCAGAAAGUGUAAGGUUAUUAUACCUAAGAAACAGUGAUAUAAAGAAGAUUCCAGAUUGCGUCAUAGGUCUCCCUGGGCUAGAGAUUCUUAAAGUCCAAAACUGCAGAAAGCUGGUGUCACUGCAGGGUCUUCCGCUUUCGCUUGUGCUACUCGAUGCAACUGAGUGUGGAUCACUCAAAAGCGUCUGUUUCUCAUUCUAUGAACCAAGAGCGUAUAUCACUCCCAACAACUGCAAGUGUGUUAGAUUGGAGAAAGACGCGAUAAGAGUAUCUUCUCCUUUCUACAAUCCUCGCAGAGAAUUCACCUUCCUCAAUUGUUUGUCACUUUCUGAAGAAGCAAGAAAGGUAAUCAUACGCCGAUGGGAUUACAUGUGUGUAUUGUUACCAGGUAAAAAGAUACCUGCAGAGUUCACUCACAGAGCCACAGGAAACUCUUUAUUCAUCUCUCAGGGGAAAUUCUCUGCGCCCUCAACAUUUACCGCUUGCCUCCUGCUUUCCCCAGCCAAACGGGUUCGGUGGAACCCUCAAAUUUUUUGUCGUCUAAUAAGCAACGGAGUUCUCAUCAGUGAACUUCUCUACCACUCUACGAGAUCGUAUAAUGACCUCCUAACUGAACAUCUGUUAGUAUUUUCUGGGGCCCUGUUUAAAGAGCACAUAUGUCUUGAAGAGGACGCAACUACGAGCGAGAUUCAAUUUGAAUUCAUAUGCGCGGGGAACGAUGACACGAUUAUUAAGUGUGGUGUACAGAUUUUGAUGAAGCCGUUGAGGUCUCAAAAGAUGAAAGCAGAGUGGCGAGAGGAGUAG